AUGAAUGCACUUGUAGCUUUUCAUUAUGCAGUAGAUUUUGGUAACAAGGAAAUGGUGGAAUAUUUUAUUUUGCAUUGUGAAAACAUCAAUAUUAAAGGCCAUGGAGGAGAUACACCUCUUAAUUGUGCGAUUGAACAUGGAAAUAUAGAAAUUGUAGAUCUUCUUAUUUCAAACAAUGCAGAUAUUAAUUUAAAGAAUUAUAAUGGAUGGGGACCUCUUUAUACUGCGGCAAUCUUUAAUCAUAAAACUAUAUUUUAUUUAAAAGAUAAUCUUUUAUAUAGUCCUCUUAUUCGAGCAGCAAUAAAUAACAGUAAAGAAACACUAAAAGUUCUUAUUUCACAUGGUGCAAAUAUUAACCAUAGAGAUAAUAUAAUAUGA